UUUUUUUUUUUUUUUUUUUUUUUUGCCACGACUGAUUGACCCGUUGCCGACCAAUGCCAGCAAAUAGGAGGGAUCACCAACCCCUGAACCAUUUUUCCCCCCUCGGCCUCACCCCUCAAUGUCUCCCCCGCAGUGCGAUAAAAAAGUUGAAGAUCCUGUCGAAGCUGAGCCGGAGAAGCAAAAGUGUGGCUUGGCGGAACAACCUCUGCGUCGCACGGCUGCGCUGUUGCAUAUCCCCCGGCUGGGCACGCAGGGUAUAUCUUGCUGCUCGCAUACCGUACGAUACAUGCAGCUCUCUUGCGACCCGUCGUCCAUUCUUGGUUACUUGCACUAG